AUGAAUAUUGGUUCUAAAAAUAAAAAGAGGGUGGUUCUGCCCAGUCGUCCCGAGCCCCCUACUGUGGACCUGAUCCUGGAGGACAUCAACAGAACCGCUCCCAACGACCCGGUCUUCAGCAUCCUGGAGAAGACCGGACAAGAUUCGUACCGGUCCUCGGACAGCGAUGUGGACUUGCGGUUCCAGCAGUGUCAACAGUAUCUGGAGCUGAACGAGCGGCUGCAGGAGGCGAGAGGUCGACUGUUGCGAUGGAGGGAAGAGCUGCGAUUGGCAGGCGAGCAGCUACAAAAGGACAUGGCAGAGGUUAAAGGUCAAACACUCUGA